UCACCUGUCCGUCCUGACACUCAUCUGUCACCCAUCUGUCUAGCCAGCCGGCCAUCUGUCCUUCUCAACGCUCGCUUUCUUUACCCCUUUGAGUCUCUCACCGGAGGUACAAUGUCGCCACACUACGGUAGUUACCGCAGCCGUUAUGGUGGUCCACGCAGACCUCACUACAGCAAGCGGCAAAGAGAUCUUAUAAGGCAGGGUAUCAAUCCUUUAGUGCAGCCACCUCCGCAGCAACGCAACAACCUCAAUCCAAACCCAGUAUCAACCCCCACAACAUCGGCCCAAAACAUCCAAAAUGCGAACGGAUCCUCUGCCCAAGACACAGCGAACGGGGCUGAUAGGGAUGAGCAUGGAAACGGGACUCACACACCCGCGCGCCGCUCUUGCACACGGAACGAGCGUUACCCUGCCCGGAGUCGCCGCAACGUGGUCGAGGAAGACGAGGAAGAGGAGGAAAGUAAAGAUCAUAUAACUCCCAAUCCGCGCCGCUCUGGUGCAAAUCGUGCACAGAGUAAGUCCCUGAACGCCCGGAGUCGCCACACCGUGGUUCCUAAUUCAGAGAGCGAUCCAUCUCUCUCAAAGCUGUUUUAA